GCACUUAAGCCUUGUAUAUAAGGCCCUGCUCCUGUGGGAAGAUCCCAGAUGACUGUGCCAUCAAACCUGCUCCUCACUUGCUGUACAGCCCAGCCCAGCCUAAGACUGAGCCUCCGACCAUCACUGCUACAGGACAGGAAGGCAAAUGCAGAGUCUGUCCCACCAGAACCAGUCAGCAUGCCAGAGGGACUGUGGACAGGUCAGGACAAUGGACAGUCUUUGGCGCUGGACUUUGAGUUUUGGAGCACGUCACAUGGUUUGAAGUAACUUCAUAGCCCUUCCUGCCUGGCCCUGCCCACCACAGCCUGUAGAGAAAAAGCCAUUGGCGGUUUGCACCGGCCAGAUUGGAGACACCAGACUCCAGCCAGCUACAAGGAGGCCCCGAAGAAGCAGCUCUGGGCACCUCUGAUCCUGACCGGUUUUUAUUGUCAUCUUGGGUUAAUGAAGUCCUGGGCCAUGAGCAACAAAUGACUAAUGUGGUUUACUGACACCAGCUGAAGCUGCCUGCCUGCCAGAGUUGGAUGCUGUUUCUCUACCAGCAGUGUGGAGCCAAGAGGGCUGGAGCAGAAAACUCCCUGGCCUUGGAAGUCCAAGCGCAGUCUUUCAUCGAACCCCUAUCCCAGCGUCUCAGAGUUCAGGUAUGGCAGAACUGUGCCGCAUGGAUUCCACACUGACUGCUCUGGACGAGGAGAUGCUCUGGGAUAUGCUGGAGAGUCACCGAUGCAGGAUUGUGCAGAGCAUCUGCCCUAGCCGGCUCACCCCCUACCUGCGCCAGGCCAAGGUGCUGGGCCAGCUGGACGAGGAGGAGAUCCUGCAUAGCUCCCGUUUCACCAACAGUGCCAUGAGAGUUGGGCACUUGCUGGAUCUGCUAAAGGCCCGAGGGAAGAAUGGAGCCAUUGCCUUUCUGGAAAGCCUGAAGUUCCACAACCCUGAUGUCUACACCCUGGUCACUGGGCUGCAGUCUGACAUUGACUUCAGCACUUUCAGCGGUCUCAUGGAGACAUCCAAGCUGACCGAGUGUCUGGCUGGGGCCAUCAGCAGCCUGCAGGAGGAGCUGGCCCAGGAGAAGGCACAGAAGGAGGUUCUGCUCCGGAGAUGCCAGCAGCUGAAGGAGCGCCUGGGCUUGGCUGAGGCUCACGCAGAAGGUCUGCGCCAGCUGGAGGUCGACCACAGCCGCAUGAAACGUGAGGUCAGCACCCACUUCCACGAGGUCCUGAAACUGAAGGACGAGAUGCUGAACCUGUCACUGCACUACAGCAACGCACUCAGAGAGAAGGAGCUGGCUGCCACACGCUGCCACAGCCUUCAGGAAGAGCUCUACCUGGUGAAGCAGGAACUCCAGCGAGCAAGCCUUGUAUCGUCAUGUGAAAGAGAAUCUCGAGAGAGGUCCCUGAAGAUGGCCAGCAACCUGGAGCCUCAGGGAGAAGAACUAAAUCGGCUUAAGGAGGAGAAUGAGAAACUCCGCUCCAUGACCUUCAGCCUGGUGGAGAAGGACAUUCUGGAACAGAGUCUGGAUGAGGCCAGGGAGAGCAAGCAAGAGCUGGUGGACCGCAUCCACUCACUGCGGGAGAGAGCAGUGGCCGCGGAGAGGCAGCAGAAGCAGUACUGGGAGGAGAAGGAACAGACCCUACUCCAGUUCCGGAAGACACAGGUGGACUGUGAACUAUACAAAGAAAAGAUGACCAUGCUUCAGGGCCAGGUGGCUGAGCUGCAGAAGGAACGUGACCAGGCAUACACAGCAAGGGACAGGGCCCAGAUGGAGAUUUCUCAGCGCCUGGUGGAGAAGGAUGCCCUUCGCAGGAGAGUGUUCGAGCUGACGGAGCAGGUCUGUGAGCUGCGUACUCAGCUGCGCAGGCUGCAGGCGGAGGCCCCAGGAGGACCCAAGCAGGAAGCCGGAGCCAGGGAACUCUGCCUCCGGGGGAAGCAGAGGCUUGUGCGGAUGCAUGCUGUGUGCCCACCAGAUGACAGUGACUGCAGCCUCCUCAGCUCCACAGAGUCCCGGCUGUGGUGGGACCUGAAUUCCACAUCCAGCCGGGAGCAGAUGGACAGCUUCCGCUCCAGCAGCCCCAUGCCUCCCAGCCAGCAGUCCCUGUACAAGCGGGUGGCAGAGGACUUCCUGGAAGACCCCGAGUCUCUAAGCUUCCCAGAAGUCCUUGAGAUGCGCCUUCAAGGGGCUACAGUGGACGACACAGACACAGACCUGGAGUUUGAGAUGAUUGACGGAGCAGACCUCUCUCAGACAGAAGACAGCCUGCAGGGGUCUUCCCGGAGCCUGAAUGUCUCAGAAAGGUUGUGUCUGCCCGCCCAUAGCAGUGUCCCCGUGAGGAGGAGGCCAGCCCGCAAGAUCCUAAGCCAGGUCACGGUGCUGGCGUUCCAAGGGGACGCGUUGCUGGAACAGAUUGGUGUCAUCGGUGGGAACCUCACUGGGAUCUUCAUUCACCGUGUCACCCCCGGCUCUGCAGCAGAUGAGAUGGCCCUGCGCCCUGGUACCCAGAUCAUGAUGGUGGACUAUAAACCUACCAAGCCAUCAUUAAGGGCCACUCUGGAGAAUACAACGCUGGAGCAGGCUGUGGGCCUUCUCAGGAGGGUGAAUGGCUCCUGCUACUUGUCUGUGAAGAUCAACACUGAAGGUUAUAAGAACCUCAUCCAGGACCUAGAUGCCAAAGUGGUAACGUCUGGGGAUUCCUUCUACAUCCGUGUCAACCUGGCCAUGCAGAGGGGAGGGGACGGAGAACUGCAAACUCACUGCAAUGACAUCCUGCAUGUCACUGACACCAUGUUCCAAGGCCGCAGCUGCUGGCAUGCCCACCAUGUGAACCCCUACACCAUGAAAGACAUGGAGCCUGGCACCAUCCCCAACUAUUCACAGGCUCAGCAGCAGCUUCUGGCCCUCAUCCAGGACAUGACUCAACGGUGCACAGUCCCCCGCAAGGUCGGGCACCUUGUUCUCUUGGGACACAGAGCACCUUUCACUUUGAGCACCCAUCUGUCCCUGAGCAAGCCUCCUGGAGGACCACAGAAGUUAGUACGAAUUGUCAGUGUGGACAAAGCCGCUGUCAGUCCUCUGACUUCAUCCUUUGACCAAAGCCAGUGGGAUUCUGGCAAGGAGGAAGGUGGUCCUAGCGUGUGCUUCUGGUCAGAGAGCUGCUUCACCCUGGCACCGUACACCCUGGUGCACCCCCACAGGCCUGCCCGGCCCCGGCCUGUGCUGUUUGUGCCUAGAUUAGUUGGAAGGAUCCUGGGUAAAAAGCUGUGUCUCCUCCAAGGUUUUAAGCAAUGUUCAGCAGAGUACUUGAGCCAGGAGGAGUAUGCCACCUGGAGUCAGAGAGGGGACAUCAUCCAGGAGGGAGAGUCAAUAGGUGACCACCACUGGAUCACCCGGCAUGCUGUGGAGUCCCUCAUGAAUAUGAGCACCCACGCCCUGCUGGAUGUGCGGCUGGACAGCGUCCGAGUCCUACAUAGGAUGGACAUGUUUCCCAUUAUCAUCCAUGUCUCUGUCAAUGAGAAGACAGCAAAGAAACUCAGGAAGGGCCUGCAUCGGCUUGGCAGCUCGGAGGAGCAGUUCCUGGAGGUGGCCCGGCAGGAGGAGGGAGAGCUGGACAGAGUGCCGUGUCUGUACAGCAGCCUGGCCCCCGACAGCUGGAGUGAUCUGGACAGCCUGCUCAGCUGUGUGCGCCUGGCCAUUGCAGAUGAGCAGAAGAAGGUGGUGUGGACAGAGAGCCCCUGCUGAAGCCCAGACCUGGCUUGGGACUGUGGGGACCUCUGUGUGUCUGUCAAUGCUGUCAGCAAACAACCCCACUUCCUUCUCUGGUCGGGGUCUGACCUCAGGUGCCCCCAGAAAUCAAGGUGUAAAUGACGAAGCCACCUUCACACAGCAUGGCCUGGGCUGAUGGAGGACCGGAAAAUAUUCUGCCGUGUGGGGGUACUCCCUGAGACCUGCUCAGAGCCAGUGCCCCAACCUCCUGUGACAACAGGAAUAGCUUUGUGGGUUCUGGCCCUUCCUUUUAUGUUUCUGAUGUCAAAGGAACCUUGCAAGCUCGCUGGAGCAGUCCUUCCUGCCCAGGGCGGGGGCCUGACUCUGGAGCACCGUGGGCACAGCUGACUCAGCUGCUAACAGCCAAGUGCUGCCACAGACAUCUGCAAAUGAAGGUGCUGUAGUGCACAGACUUGAGUGGCUCUUUGACUCACUGCCUCUGUGCCUAACCCCAAACCCCAGGUUGCUUUGGUGCAUAUCCCAGAGCCAACUGACCCUUCAUGAGCAAAGAACUCUCUCUCAAAACUGACAUUUCCCCCAGUCCUUCCCAGGCUGCAUUGCGCCACACUUGGGUGAAGCCCCCAUCUAGCCAUAAACUGAGUCAUUUUGA